GCUAUGCUUGGAAAGUUUUAGGAUGGCGAUAACGUCUCCGAGUUCCUUUGCUUGUUUCACCCUGAUUGUGGUGUUUGUGGAAGGGAGGGGCAUUUGUCCCCCAGGGACAUAUUGGGACCACGCCCUUGGAAAGUGCGAUCAGUGUUCUAGUAUAUGUAACUACAUGGAACAACAAGGGACGGUCAUGUCAUGUCAAAGCAAUUGCCCAGGUUACAACUCUUCCCACGAUGUCCUCCCGAAGCCUGAAGACAUUGCACAUAUCAAAGACAAGGACACUAAGUCGAUAGACGGAGUCACGAUUGGUGUGUCGGUGGCUGCCUGCAUUAUAACCAUCAGUAUUAUUGCAGGAGCACUGAUACGUCGUAGUCGACGGAAUCGUGAUACAACAGUUCCAUGUCAAAUUCAGGACACAUCAGCACCAAUGCUGUAUACUGGACACGCCAGGGAAAAAAGACAGGAAGAGCAAGACCAUGAAUUGAACCGAGGUAUUCCAGUCAACGAUGGUGCUCACUGAAAUUCUUCCUCGGACCUCCUAGGACAACAGGACCUUUGUGCGAAAUUUGGGAGUGGUGCACCCAAUUACAUUUUGACGUGUCAGCCUGGCGUAUCUACAACCCUAGGGCAGUGGUACCUCCGAAGAACGCAACACUGUAAAGUGAAUUGUGGCUAAAGAGACUGUUACUACAAUGCGUGAU